AUGAAGGAUGAGACGAUGGAGCGAGAUUAUCGAGCUGUAGAUAUGUACCUACCUAUUAACACCUGUUACGGGCGGGUUCCUCCCCUGAAGUCGGCGGAACAGGGGCCUCGAAUUCGGUUGGAUCGGGACCGCUGGUUGGCUGGCUGCUGGGCACAAGACCGAGAAGCAAGGUAA